AGUUUCGUCGGUUGACCAGUAUUUAAUCAGACGCCAACCGUUCAACACAUUCUGAAUCGCUCAGUUGUAGAUUUUCACGAAAAAGCGAUUAUGAAGAAACGUUCAACAUUGAUAAGUGGACGCCGUUUUUUGUUGUUGAUUGUGGCUCUUAGUCUAAUUAUUCUUGUUGCGGUGUACUACAUAACAGACAUAAGGCAAACAGAAACCCCGGUCUACUCAUGUUAUCUGGACUACGAUUCGAAAGGUUCUAAGGAAGAGCCGCAACAACUUGAAGAUGUACUAUUCGCAGACAUAAAACCAACACCAGGAAAUUCUAUAUUCUUUCUGGAAACCAAAUGCAAUUGUUCUAAUCAUAGGUAUAGUAUACUCAACUUUACGGCUCAUCAGGCCUGUGCCGUCGAGGCUGCGGCACUACAUCAUUCCAGUUAUGAUGUCUUUGUGCUAUUCGCCUGUCCCACGAUUCGUCAGCAAAAUGAUCCCAUACUCGAUGCUAUGCUCAGUUAUGAGAAUGUCCAGAUUCGCUCUGUUAAUCUCUGGCGAUUUGCCGAAGGUUCCCCCAUUGAGGAUUGGCUAAAGAAAGAUGAUCUAUUUCGUACCGAAUUUUUGAUGAUCAACAUAUCCGAUCUGCUGCGAUUGCUUACUCUGUAUCGUUAUGGUGGCAUUUACUUGGACGAGGAUGUGAUCAUGUUUCAAAGUUUGGAGGACGAGGUCCCCAAUUUCAUGGGUGCUGAAACAAAUACAAGCAUUGGAAAUAGUGUGCUUGGCCUGGAGCCUGAUGGAUUUGGCCAUAUGGUGGCAGAGCUUCUUUUAAAUGAUUUUCAGCGCAACUAUUUGGGCAAUGUCUGGGCUCACAAUGGUCCCAAGUUGUUAGUUCGAAUGAUGACUCGAAUAUGUGGUACGAAUGACGUUAAUGCUAUGCAAGAGGACAGCAAUAUUUGCCACGGCAUUAAGGUAUUCGAUAUUAAUGCUUUCUAUGAGAUAAAUUGGACGGAAAGGUCUCGCUUCUUUCAUAAACAAUUCGCGGAUGAAACGCUGAAGCGUCUGAAAGAUUCAUAUGCGAUGCACACCUGGAACCACAUUAAGACUAAUUGGCCUUUUAGAGUUGGGUCUAGUUCGGCUUACAUGCAGCUGGUAGCACAACAUUGUCCACGGGUCUUUGCUGCCACUGGAAAAUACUUCACAUAGUUUAUUAAAAUAUGUGUUAAAUAAUAAUGAUUUAAAUGAUUGAUAUCUGCCAAGUUUUUAAGGAUAUUUAACACCUAAUCGCUUAAGCACUUUUCAGUGGGCUCACUUGGAAAUUAAUGCUCAGAGAAAAGGAAAAACCCGUCUACGCUAAAACGACUAAUCUAAUCUAUAUUGCUAAGCUUUUCUGUGAUUCUUGUUCCCAUUGUUCUUAUGGUGCCACACAAACAUUUCUAGACAUAUUUCCGUUUUAUAAAGAUUAUAAAAAAGCUCGAUUAAACAUUCUGCCGGCCAAACUGCCAAAAUAUACAACUUCGUCACUUACAUAAAUUGGCGAUAUGCCAAUGAAGUAUGUAUUUCUAAUUACAUAAUUUGAAAUGUUAAUCAAUUACAAUUAACGAAUUCUCCGUAUAAUUACAAAACAAAUAUUGAAAGAGAAGAAAUCUUCAACACUUUGGGCAAUGGGUAUAUAAAUUAAAUUAAUUUAAUUAAGCCAUCUAUUGAAUAAUGAUUCAGAGCUUGCUCAAUCAACUCUUUCUAUGCUUUGGGUUAAAGAGAAAGAGCAAAAACCGUCGAUGUUAAAACGCCAACUAAUCUAAUCUUACUAUGUACUAAACUUUUCUGUGAUUCAUCCAAUUCUACCUAUGUUGCACUACAUUUAGAAGCAUUUAUGAAGAUAAAAAAGAUAGAAAAAAUAAAAAAAUUGGGUUAACAAUUGCGUCGACUGUGCUUGACUGUGAUAUACCCGCUAUCCAUUUUGAAUAAAAUC